AUGGAUAUGUUAAAUCGCUACAACGCAAUGGCGCAACGAUCGAGCGGCGUAAUGAUUGAGCGACGCAGCGACGCAACGAGAGCAGCAACAGCCGCGGCAGAGACUGCAGUCGCGGCCGUCGCAACUGCUGCAGCAGCCGCCGCCGCCUCCCCUGCCGCGGCCGCCGCUGCAUCUACAGCAGCUGCAGCCGCCACAUCUACUGCAACAGCCGCCGCUGCAGCUACAGCAGCAGCAGCCGCCGCAUCUUCUGCAGCAGCCGCCGCUGCAUCUCCAGCAGCAGCAGCCGCCGCGCCUUCUGCAGCAGCCGCCGCUGCAUCUACAGCGGCAGCAGCUGCCGCAUCAUCUACAGCAGCGGCCGCCGCCGCAUCUACGGCAGCAGCAGCCGCCGCAAUCUACAGCAGCGGCCGCCGCAGCUACAGCAGAAUCAGCCGCCGCUGCCUCUGCAGCAGCAGCCGCCGCCGACCCAGCAGCAGCAGCCGUAGCCGAACCUGCAGCAUCUGCUGCCGCUGUCUCGACUGCCCCGGCCUUGCCUUGCCCUGCUGCUACUGUCACUGCCACCUCACUGCCAAGGAAGACAUUUCACUGUACGACCACGCCCUAGGCCAUGCUACUGCCCCUGACUCCUCUGCUGCUAGCACACUGCGCUCCCAGUGGCAGACCCGCGACGCACACGCUCGCUUUGCUAUCCGCAACUCCCUGCCGCUAGAUGAGCGCGAGCACUUCGGCCAGUGCAAGACUGCUAAGGAACUGUACACAGCCGUAGUUGCUCGCUACUCCUCGCCUGCGUCUGCCACCCUAGGCCGCCUCUCCCUGCCCUACCUGUUCCCCGACCUGGCCUCCUUUCACACUGUCGCUGAUCUCAUCACCCACCUCAAGACUAGUGAGGCCCGUUUUCGCGCUGCCAUGCCUGCCGAGUUCCUUGCUAGCAACCCCCCCCCGCUCUGGCUCACCCUCUACCACAUUGUCACCCGCCUCCCUGACUCUCUGCGCACAGUCAGGGACUCCUUUCUAGCUCGCUCCCCUACUGAGCUCACCAUUGCCCUCCUCGAGAAGGACCUACUUGCAGCUGAGGCGAGCAUCGUCGCCGUAGCGGGCGCCGCAAGAGCAGGGGGGGCAAGGGUGGGGGUGGAGGCGGGGGAGGCGGGGGUGGAGACAGUGGAGGUGGCGGUGGGUCUGGAGAGGCUAGUGGCGGCAGUGGGGGUGGUGACAGCGGCGGCGGGGGUGGUGGCAGAGGCGGAGGUGGCAGCGGCGGCGGUGGCGGUCGUGGCCGUGGCAGGGGUGGAGGUGGCCGAGGCGGUGGCGGUGGCGGUGGCGGUGGUGGCCGUGGAGACGCUGGAGGUGGCCAGACCAUGUGGGAGGUCGCACCCCACGCAGCGCUGCUUCCAGCGCCUGACUGACGCGUGGCGCAUCCAGUUUCCUGGGUCUACUGAGCUCCCCCGCUGGCCUGAGCUGGAAAAGAAGGGUGUUGAUAUCUGGGCUUUAGACUUUGAUGCUAUUCUCACUGCUAUGUAUGCGAUGUCUAUUAGUGGAGAGGGUGCCCAGUACUUGCGUGUUCCGCCCGACCCGGGCAUUCAGGCCAGCCCAGCUGCUGCUCUAGGUGCUAGUGUGUCUGCUCCCACAGGUCCUGCUGCAGCAGCUGCCCUAGGUGCUAGUGCGUCUGUGCCCCCUGGUACUGAGUCGACUGCAGCACUCCACACCUUCACACUGGACUCAGGUGCUUCUCGCUCUUUCUUUCGUGACCGCACUGUCCUUGAGCCACUAGCUCGGCCGGUUGCUGUCUCUCUUGCUGACCCCUCUGGGGGUCCGGUCAUUGCGACCUCCUCCACUACACUUCCGUGUCCAGCGGUUCCGUCCGGCACGCUCUCAGGUCUCUACCUCCCUUCGUUCUCUACGAACUUGGUGGCAGGUUGUGCGCUGCAGGACGGGGGUGUUCACCAGUUCACCCCUGCCUACGAGCGUGUGACACACUGCACGUGUGCUCGGACGGGCCGCCACCUGGCUACUUUCACUCGAGAGCCGGGGUCGGACCUGUACACACUGACCACUGAGUCCCCUCAGGUAGCUGCGUCUGCGUCUGCGUCAGGUCAGCUAUCCGCCCCCUGCUCGUGUCGCUCUCUGGCGCAUGAGACUGUCCUCUGGCACCACCGCCUUGGUCACCCGUCUGUGCAGCGCCUUCGGGCCAUGCACAAACGGGACCUUGUUGCUGGUCUUCCCAGGGUGCUCCCUCCCCUUCCCGACUCGCCUGCUCCUCCCUGUAUUCCCUGUGUCGAGGGACGGCAGCGCGCCGCUCCUCACUCCUCCUCCUUUCCCCCGACGACUGCUCCCUUGCAGACGCUCCACAUGGACGUGUGGGGCCCAGCCCGCGUCCGUGGUCAGGGUCAGGAGAGUCGAGCCCGUCUCCAGCUAGGCAAGCGCUUUCACUCGGACUUUCCUGUCCUGCGCUUGCACUCUGACAGAGGUGGUGAGUUCGCCUCCGACCUCUUGGCAGCCUACUGUGCUGAGCACGGUAUUGAGCAGUCGUUCACGCUUCCGGCCUCUCCGCAGCAGAAUGGGGUCGCUGAGCGCCGCAUUGGCCUAGUCAUGGAGGUCGCUCGUACCUCCCUGACCCAUGCGGCUGCUCCCCACUUUCUGUGGCCGUUUGCGGUCCGAUACGCUGCGCAUCAGCUCAACCUCUGGCCCCGUGUCUCCUUGCCGGAGACUUCCCCGACUCUGCGGUGGACGGGAGAGGUUGGCGAUGCGUCGCGUUUCCGGAUCUGGGGAUCUCGAGCUUUUGUCCGCGACACGUCCGCGGACAAGCUCUCGCGUCGCGCCGUUCCCUGUGUCUUUCUUGGCUUUGUGCCUGACGCGCCUGGAUGGCAGUUUUACCACGUCACCUCGCGCCGGGUUCUGGCCUCUCAGGACGUCACUUUUGACGAGUCCGUCCCCUUCUACCGCCUCUUCCCCUACCGCACUGCCCCGCUCCCCCCCCCGCCUCUCUUCCUUGCUCCAGGUGCUGAGGUACCAGACCCCCUCCCCCCUCAGGGUGCCGCUCCCUCAGGUGUGUCCCAGGUAGACCCGGGUGAGCCUGUCGAGGUAGCUGUUGACUCGCGUCCUGCGUCUGGGGGUGCUGAGCCUGGGGGUGCUGAGUCUGGGGGUGCUGAGUCUGGGGGUGCAGAGCCUGGACGUGCGGAGCCUGGGGGUGCUGAGCCUGGAGGUGCGGAGCCUGGAGGUGCGGAGCCUGGUGGUGCUGAGUCUGGGGCUGCUGAGUCUGGGGGUGCUGAGUCUUCGGGUGCUGAGCCUGAGCGUACUACACCUGGAGGAGCCCUCUCCUCCCAGCAGCUGCAGGAGAGGUACCUCGAGUACUGCCGCCUCCGGAGAGGUGCUUCUGGAGCUCGUCCCAGUACUUCCCCUCCUACCCAGGAGCUCCCCCCCAUUCAGGUGAUCCGAGAGUGGUACACACGGCGCUGCAGUCUUCGGAGUGGUGCUCCUGGUGCAGCGGACCCGAGCGGUGGCGCUGUUGCUGGUGCUGAGGACCCGGACGCUGGAGCUGCUGCUGGUGCUGAGGACCCGGGCGUUGGAGCUGCUGUUGGUGCUGAGGACCCGACCGGCGGCGCUACUGCUGGUGCUGAGGACUCGGGCGUUGGGGCUGCCGCUGGUGUCCCUGCUGGUUCUGGAGACGCUGUGCGGCCGCGACCGUACUUCGUACCACUCCUUCAGCAGGUUCUUGGUCAGGCUCCUCCUCCUAGUCCUCCUCCCACCGUCGAGUGUCCUCUGCCUGUCCCACCGCAGUCACAGUUACCGCCUGCCUCGCCUCUCCCUGCUCCCUCUCCUUACACUGGUCCCACAGGAGGUCUUACAGAGCGUCGUGAGCCUGAGUCUCGUCCUGCGUCGCCUGUUCGUACUACUCGCACUGGUCGUCGUAUCCCACGUGAGCGUCCUCCUCUUGUCCCUGGCACUCACUACAUGACCUUGCGUCCCUCCACUGCUCCGCAGCGUGUCCCGCUGCCGUCUCCUCCUGCGUCAUCUCUUCCUACUCUUCCUGACCCGGAGUCUGACUCCCGUCGUGCGGCCAGUCCCACUGUUACGCGUCUCCUCGCUACAGUUGUCACUGACCCGACCUUUGAGUCCUCUGCUGCGUCUGCUCUGGUCGCUGAGCUGGUUGACUUUGCUGCUCGCUGUCGCUUAGACUACGCUGCCAGCCUUGUCGCUGAGUCUGAGUCUGAGUCUGCCUGUCCUCCGUCCGUCGGGGGUGAGUGUGCUCUUGGCACGGACGUCCUUGAGGACAGACAGGAGGAGUUCCAGUGCUUUGCUGCUGCUUUGCCCCAUCUCGUGUCCAUGCUAGUUGCCCUUGAGGGAGACCCGGAUGCACCAGACAUCCCGACCCCGCGCUCUUACGCUGAGGCGAUGGCGGGUCCCUACUCCUCUCAGUGGCAGACAGCCAUGGACGCAGAGAUGGCUUCCUGGAAGUCCACACGCACCUACGUCGACGACGUUCCCCCUCCUGGGGCGAACAUCGUCAGUGGCAUGUGGAUUUUCAGGGUGAAGCGGCCGCCGGGUUCUCCUCCUGUCUUCAAGGCACGCUACGUGGCUCGAGGCUUCAGUCAGCGAGAGGGAGUCGACUUCUUCCAGACCUUCUCCCCCACCCCGAAGAUGACCACUCUUCGGGUGCUGCUGCACAUAGCCGCUCACCGCGACUACGAGCUUCACUCACUUGACUUCAGCACUGCUUUCUUGCAGGGCAGCCUGCACGAGGAGAUCUGGUUGCGCCGCCCUCCUGGCUUCACUGGGUCGGUUCCUCCUGGCACCCAGUGGAGGCUUCAGCGGCCGGUCUACGGUCUCCGUCAGGCGCCACGUGAGUGGCACGACACACUGAGGACGACGCUUGCGGCUCUUGGGUUCGCUCCCUCUACUGCUGACCCGUCGCUGUUUCUACGCACCGACACCUCGCUGCCGCCGUUCUACAUCCUCGUGUACGUUGACGACUUGGUCUUUGCCACAGCUGACACAGCGGCACUCGCCCACGUGAAGUCGGAGCUGCAGAGGAGACACACGUGUACAGACCUGGGUGAGCUGACAAGCUAUCUUGGCUUGCGGAUCACCCGGGACAGAGCACGGCGCACCAUCACCUUGACUCAGUCACACAUGGUGCAGCAGGUUCUCCAGCGCUUCCGCUUCACGUACUCCUCGCCUCAGUCCACUCCUCUGCCUACCGGUCACUCGCUCUCAGCUCUGCCUUCGGAUGAGUCCGUAGAGCCGAGUGGCCCGUAUCCAGAGCUUGUGGGCUGCCUCAUGUACCUGAUGACCUGCACUCGACCUGACCUUGCAUACCCCCUUAGCAUCUUAGCACGCUAUGUCGCUCCUGGCCGUCACAGGAAGGAGCACAUGGAUGCUGCUAAGAGGGUGUUGCGCUACUUGUGCAGUACGUCGGGCAUGGGGCUUGUGCUUGGAGGGCGGGACCGGGUUGUUCUCACAGGGCACUCAGAUGCUUCUUGGGCAGACGACCAGGCUACUCAGCGGUCGUCACAGGGUUACACCUUCAGCCUUGGCUCUGGCUCAGUUUCUUGGCGUUCUACUCGUUCGUCUUCUGUUCUCAGCUCCAGUUGUGAGGCUGAGAUCUACGCCACAGCCAUGGCUGCUCAGGAGCUGCGCUGGCUGACCUACCUGCUGACCGACCUCGGAGAGCGGCCUCGUUCUCCUCCAGUGCUGUACGUCGACAACAAGGCUGCCAUUGCCUUGUGUGAGGAGCACAGACUGGAGCACAGAACGAAGCACAUUGCUCUGCGGUACUUCCUUGCUCGAGAGCUGCAGCAGCGCGGUCAGCUUCGUCUGCGUUACGUGGCCACUGAGGCCAACACUGCUGAUGUGUUCACCAAGGCACUCCAGCCUUGUGACCAUCAGCGCUUCUGUACUCUGUUAGGUCUUGUGCCUACUGGCCCUCACUUGCUCACUUCUUGA